AUGGUAUCAUUUCUAUUCCAACGGUGGAUAUCGUAUCGAUAUCGAGCUGUCAAAUGUGCCGUGAGAUAUAUCGACUCGUGCAAACGCGACCGGAGGCAUCGCUGGUCAAGAUUAGAGAGAAUUCGAGUGGAGGACACUAGGAAGAUAGGCAAAAUCCUGGCACCCAUAUCGUACGCGGAACGCGCCAUACAUGAGCUAGUAGUCGUAGCAAAGGAUCGCGGAGCUCUAUUUCGCAGCGUUGGCACCAGUCGUGCGAGCACGGCAAGGGUCACGAUCAGGGUGCGACAGGUGAAUCUAUACGCGCCCGAGAUCUACGUUCACCAGCUGCCCGACAUUGUCGAGAACUCGAACGCCGACAUUUACGCGAUCGUGCGGGUGAUCGACCGCGACGAGGGUGUGCACGGACAGAUCGCGAGUCUCGACAUCGUGGGCGGAGACCCGGCCGGUCACUUCAGGGUGCGCCCGGUCGGCGGGCCACGCUCCGGCGAGUAUAACAUCGAGGUGCUCCACCUGCUCGAUCGCGAGACCGCGCUCCAGGGUUACAAUCUCACCGUACGCGCAAUGGACCGUGGGGUGCCGCAGAGGUACAGCUACAAAUUCGUGCCGGUGCACUUGACGGACAUGAACGACAACGCGCCGGUGUUCAGUCGCGAGAUUUACGAGGUCAAGGUACCGGAAACGGCGCCCAUCAACACGCCGGUAAUCAGACUGAAAGUUACAGAUGCGGACGAGGGUAGAAACGCGUUGGUUUACCUCGAGAUAGUGGGCGGCAACGAGGGUGGCGAGUUUUACGUGAACGCCGAGACCGGGAUGUUAUACACUGCCGUCGAACUGGAUACCGAGAAGAAGGCAUUUUACACGCUCACGGUAUCGGCGAUCGAUCAAGGUAAUGCGGGCACCAGGAAGCAAUCCUCGGCCAAGGUGAAGAUCAAUGUGGUCGAUACCAAUGACAACGAUCCGACCUUCGAUCAGCCGGAAAUGGAGGUGUGGUUGGACGAGAACGAGCCCGCCGGCACAUCCGUCGUCCGAGUGACAGCGAAAGAUCGUGAUUCCGGUGAAAACGCCUACAUAUCUUACAGUAUCGACAACCUGAAGACGGUGCCGUUCGAAAUCGAUCAUUUUUCCGGUAUCGUCAAAACGAAGCAGGUGCUCGAUUACGAGACCAUGAAGCGGGAGUAUCUGCUGCAUGUUCGAGCCAGCGAUUGGGGCCUGCCUUAUCGGCGUCAAGCGGAGAUGCAGUUGCGGGUGAAAUUACGCGACGUGAACGAUAAUCGACCGCAGUUCGAGCGAAUCGACUGUGUCGGCCGCGUGCCGCGAUACGUGUCAAUCGGCUCCGAGAUUAUCACCGUGUCCGCGAUCGACUUUGACGCCGGGAACAUCGUCAGUUAUCGGAUAGUCUCCGGUAAUCCCGACGGUUGCUUCGCCCUCGACUCGGCCAGCGGCGUCCUCUCGGUCGCCUGCGAUCUGUCGGACAUCAAGGUCACCGAGAGAAUCAUCAACGUUACCGCCACCGAUGGCACGCACUUCGCCGACGUCAAUCCCGUUCACAUGCAUCUCGUGAACGCCAAACGGAAUCUGGGCUCGCAAGCGAGGAUUCUCACCGACGAGACCGGCGCUUUCGAAUGCCACGAUACCGGCGUGGCCCGAAGACUGACGGACGCGAUUGCCUCUGCGGAGAAGAACAACAUGCCGUCGCGGAACGACGAGUAUACCCUGAUACCGAGUCGUUACGGCGAGAACGUGCACGUGCCCGAGUUCAUUGAUUUCCCGAGCGAGAUACGGGUCAACGAGUCGCUCAAGCUCGGCACGACUCUCGUGCGAAUACGCGCCCGCGAUCGCGACCUUGAUUACAACGGCAAGCUCGUCUUCGUCAUCUCCAGCGGCGACCGCGAUUCCGUCUUUGGCAUUGAUCCAGACACCGGUGACCUGAACACGAUCGGUUAUCUGGAUCGCGAACGGGAGAGCGAGUAUUAUCUGAAUAUAAGCGUGUUUGAUCUCGGCAAGCCGCAAAAGUCUACCUCGAAGAUGCUGCCGGUAACCAUCCUGGAUGUCAACGACAACGCGCCCAAGUUCGAAAAAUCCUUGGCGAGCUUCAGGAUCUCCGAGACCGCGCUAAAUGGCACGAACGUGUGGCGCGCCAACGCCACUGAUGCCGAUCUCGGCGAUAACGCACGUGUCACCUAUUCCCUCGUGACAGAGACCAAUGACUUUCGCGUGGAUCCCGUGACGGGUGUGCUGAGUAUCUUCGGCAAGCUCGACAGGGAACGGCAAGAGAUAUACGAGCUGAGAAUUCGCGCGCGCGAUAACGGUGGCAAGGAUACCGACACUCCGCCCCUGUAUUCAGACGCACUCGUCAGGGUGACGGUCGACGAUGUCAACGAUAACGCGCCCACCUUCGCGCUGUCAACGUACAACGUCAAGAUCCGCGAGGACGUGCCGGUGUGGACCGUCGUAGCCGUCGUGGACGCCACGGAUCCUGACGAAGGCGCGGGCGGUGACGUGGAGUAUUUCCUGUCGGAUGCUAUGGAGAGUGAAGGCUUCUUUAAGGUCGACAAGGUUUCGGGGACGGUGAGAACAACUCAGAGUUUAGACUUUGAAGAGCGACAGGCGCACACGUUGACGAUAGUCGCGCGCGAUCGCGGUGAACCAUCCCUGUCCUCCGAGACGAUGCUUGUGAUCGAGGUGAUCGACGUGAACGAAAACCUUUACUCGCCGGUCUUCGAUGACUUUGUCGUGUCAGCGAGUGUCUUCGAGAAUCAAUCAGUGGGCACCCUCGUCACCACGGUUCGAGCCAAGGACGCGGAUCCACCCGGCGGAGAUUCCAAGAUUGGCUACAGCAUCCGAGGAGGCGACGGCGUCGGCAUCUUCUCCAUCGACGAGGAAGGAAACAUCAGGACGAAAGUUGUGCUUGACGUCGAGACAAAAAGGGGAUACUGGUUGACAGUCUACGCCCAGGAUCAUGGAGUCGUUCCAUUGAGUUCCAGUCUGCAAGUUUACGUCGAGGUGCUGGACGAGAACGAUAACACGCCGCUGACCGAACUUCCGGUCUACUAUCCCUCCGUGCCGGAGAACUCGCCCGCCGGCGUGAGCGUCCUGCAGAUCCGCGCCUUUGAUCGCGACGUCUCGCCCCAGCAAUUCGUCUUCACCAUCAGCAGCGGCAAUCCGGAGGGUUAUUUUCUCAUCAACUCCACCACCGGUCUCAUCAGCACCAGCGGCAGAAAGCUCGAUCGCGAGAAUCAAGCGGAACAUGUAUUGGAGGUGACAGUAAGGGACGACGGUAGUCCUCCUUUGUCGUCGACUACAAGAGUCGUCAUCGAGGUGGCGGACAUUAACGAUCAUGGACCUGAGUUCGAGGCGAAGUUUUACACGGUCCAGAUUCCAGCAUCGCCGGCAACUGACAAACCCCUCUUCCAGGUUCUUGCAUACGAUCAAGAUAUCGGAGAAAAUGGAAGAAUCCAGUACAGCAUCAAGGGCGGUCGAGGAAAGGGCAAGUUUAAAAUUCAUCCCACCACGGGCAUGGUGUAUUCCCAGCGUGGGUUCGAGGCUGGUCAAGAAUACGAAAUGAUGAUACGAGCGGCCGAUCAUGGAGAACCCCCGCGUAGUCAUCAGACUCGAGUUUCCGUUCAAGUUGUAGAGGCAUCAAAGGAAUCGGAAAACCCUCCGGCGUUCAAGACAAAUAAUCAAAGCGUGCAAGUCACGGAAAGCGAUCAGGCGGGCUUUUUAGUCGCGCUUAUGCAAGCUAGUGACAAGGAUGGUGAUUCUUUGUGGUACGAUAUUUUAGACGGCGACAAGCGCGACGAGUUCUUCAUCGGCCGCGACAAUGGCAACGUACUACUCGCCAAGAGGCUGGAUUGGGAAACUCAGAACUUUUACAAUCUCACGAUCGGUGUAACGGACGGCGUGCACACGACGCUGACGCAGCUACUCGUUACGGUGAUCGAUAUCAACGAUCACCGGCCGGAAUUCACCGAGAGCACGUAUCACGUCGACAUUUCUGAGAAUGUCGAGGAGGGCGAGAAGAUCCUGCAGCUACACGCGACCGACGAGGACGAGGACAAGAAGGUCUUCUAUAGCCUGCACGCGGCGCAGAGCCAGGCUUCGCUUGAGAUCUUUCACGUGGACUCGGUGCUGGGUUCGAUUACGCUAAAGAAACCGCUCGAUCGGGAGACCAUCGAGGAGCACGUGCUGACGGUGAUGGUCAAGGAUCAGGGCACACCGGCCAAGCGCAAUUACGCUCGGGUAAUCGUCACCGUGCACGAUCACAAUGAUCAUCAGCCCGAGUUCAUCAGCGAGAUUAUUCAAGGCAAGGUGUACGAGACGUCGCCGAUCGGCACGGCGGUGGUGCAGAUGUGUGCGAUCGAUCGUGAUCGUGGCGAGAACGCGAGGAUUACCUACUCGAUCACGUCCGGCAAUGUCGGCAACGUGUUCGCUAUCGAUCCGGAUCUCGGUUUCAUCCGCGUCGCUCGCGAGCUUGACCUCGGCGUCUCGUCGGAAUACAUACUUCUCGUGAAAGCGACCGAUCACGGCUCUCCCGCGUUAACCAACUCGGUACCGGUGCAUGUCAUGGUGACGAUGGCCGACAACGCGCCGCCGCGAUUCACCCAGAAGGAACUGUCCGCGGAGAUAUACGAGAACCAGCAGCUGGGCACAUACGUGAAGCACGUGGAAGCGAGGAGCACGUCGUCGCUGCAGUUCGAGAUUGUGCGCGGCAAUCGCGACGACACGUUCUUCGUGAAUCCGAGCACUGGGGUGAUCGUCAUCAAGAAUCAACUGGACUAUGAGAAGACCAAGUUCUACAAUCUGACAGUAUCGGCGACGAACAUGGCUGGCGCGUCGGCCACCUGCAAUGUCAUCGUUCACGUACUCGAUAGGAACGAUAACGCGCCGCGAUUCCUGCAGGCGCUCUACAGCGGCGAGAUCAGCGAAGGCGCCAGCAUCGGUUCUCUCGUGCUGACCAACACCAGCGCGCCGCUAGUCAUCAAGGCUGAAGACGCGGAUUCCGAGUUGAACGCGUUACUUAAUUACGACAUCGUCGAGGAUCUACCGCGAAAAUACUUCCACAUAGAUUCCAGCACCGGUGCCAUUCGCACAGUCAUGUUGCUCGAUCACGAAACCAUACCAAUGUUUUCGUUCCACGUAAAGGUUUCGGAUCUCGGCAAGCCGAAGCUCUCAUCCGAGACCACCGCCAAAGUGAUAAUAACCGUGACGGAUGUUAACGAUUGCCCGCCCAAAUUCUCCAAAACUGAUUACAAUGUCACGCUUUUGAUGCCGACGUACAAGAAUGUCGCUGUCAUUCGAGUGAACGCCAUGGAUCCCGAUAGCUCCGAGGGAACCGCGUUGAGAUACGACAUUAUUGACGGGAAUAAGGCUCACACAUUCGAUAUAGAUGCUCAAAGCGGCAUCAUUACAGUCCAUAAUCCGGAACGUAUGAAGAGAAACUAUCUCCUUCACGUGCGAGUGUCAGACGGCAAGUACUCGAGCGUGGCGCAGGUGAACGUGAUAGUGGAGAAGUCGGAGAAUUCCGGUUUGAUCUUCCAGAAGAGCAUCUACGAAGGUGCCAUCCUGGAGAAUUCCACGAAAAUUACGAUCGUGGUGGUAGUAAAUGUCCUCGGUAGCUCGUUGAACGAGCACAUUGUCUUCAGCAUUCUUAAUCCCACCGACAUGUUUGUAAUCGGGCCGACUUCCGGCGCGAUCAGAACCACUGGCGUACGAUUCGAUCGAGAGGCGUGCGAUCAUUAUGAAUUAAUAGUUGAGGCAAAGAGUCACCCACCGGACCAGGAAAAGCCGAGAGUUGCUCACGUUAUAGUGAAUGUCACCAUACUCGAUAUGAACGAUAAUUGCCCUAUGUUUGUUAAUCUACCUUACUACGCUGUCGUAUCUGUCGAAGCUCAAAAAGGCGAAGUCAUUACAAAGGUUCACGCGGUAGACAUGGAUAGCGGCGAUAACGGCGAAGUGAGAUACGAAUUGAAGAAAGGUCACGGGGAGCUGUUUAAGGUGUGCCGAAAGACGGGCGAAAUAUCGUUGAAGCAAAAUCUCGAAGGUCACAAUCGCGAGUAUCAGCUUACAAUCGCCGCGUAUGACGGCGGAAUAACGCCGUGCUCCAUUGAAGUGCCAGUCAACGUGAAGGUGAUAGAUCGCUCGAUGCCGGUAUUUGACAAGCAAUUCUACACGGAUAGCGUGCCCGAGAGUAUAGAAGUACAUUCACCCCUGGCGUUAUCCAUUCAAGCUGAGUCACCUUUGAAUCGCAAACUCAUAUACAGCAUUACUAAGGGCAAUGAUUUUGAGGAGUUUGCCCUGGAUUUCAAUACGGCCCCUGACAGUAACAAUGGUCCUUGUGUAAUCUAUGUGGUGGAUGAGCUGGAUUAUGAACAAAAGAAGCAGUAUGAACUGACUGUACGCGCCACCGACAGUGUAUCAGGCGUAUACGCCGAGGUGCUUGUCAGCAUUCUCAUUUUGGACGUAAAUGACUGCCCGCCCGAAUUUACGCAAGAUUCUUACAACAUCUCGGUAUCGGAAGCAGCGCCGUUUGGCACCUCCGUUCUGCGAGUUAGUUCAAGAGACAAUGACACAAACAUAAAUCAACAAGUCAGUUACGCCAUUCAAAAUGACACGGAGAACAGCACGGAUCUUUUUCACAUUGAUCCCGAUGAAGGUGUGAUAUUUCUCAAGCGAUCCUUGGACCAUGAGACUCGCGAGUCUCAUCAUUUCACGGUGAUUGCCAUGGAUCGCGGCGUUCCAAGUUUGUCGAGCACGGCGCAUGUCUGGGUGAGCGUGAUCGACAUGAACGACAAUCCGCCAAAGUUCGAGCAGCCUUCGUACACCUGUUCUCUAUCGGAGCACGCUGAGCGCGGUCAAUUCGUGACAGUGGUGUCGGCUAGCGAUCCGGAUUACGUCGACGAGAAACUGACAUAUACCAUCGUGGGCGGUAACGAACAGCAAACGUACAACAUCGGCCAGUCGACCGGUGUCAUCUCGCUGAUAAAUAUGCAGAACUUUGGCGAACAGAAACUCACCAUGCUCAAUGUAUCCGUCACCGAUGGUGUCUAUACCAGCUUCACCCGUGUCAAGAUCGAGAUCCUACCGGCAAACAGGCACAAUCCAAAGUUUCCGAAUCCAGUGGUUGAGGUGACAGUUCUGGAGAACCAGUUGCCCGGUAGACUGGUCACUAGCGUACUGGCCGAGGACGAGGACUUUGGCGAGUACGGCGCGAUCACGUACACGAUAAUGUCGGAGUUAAUGAAGGAGGUAUUCGACAUAAACAAAGGCACCGGCGAAAUUGUGACCCGCAAGAAACUCGAUCGAGAAGAACAAAAACGCUACGAAAUACCGGUCAUGGCGAUGGACGGCGGCGGUAGAUCCGGAUUCGUGAUGGUGCGUGUCAAAGUCGGCGACGAGAAUGACAAUCCGCCAGUAUUUCUUCUCAGAGAAUACAAAGCGACCAUUCAAGGCAAUUUGUCCAUAAAUACAUCGUUCCUGAAAGUCAAAGCGCAAGAUGCGGACGAGGACGAAGCGGCUAAGAUUAUUUAUUCCAUCUACGAUUUGCAAACGUCACCAGCUAGAUCUUUGUUUGGUAUAAACUCUGACACAGGAUCACUCUAUUUGCAGAAAAGCGCUGUGCCGUGGGAAAAUCAGUUGUUCGAGCUCUUUAUUCGUGCGGAAGACAAAGGUACAACUACGCAUCACGCCGAUGUACCGCUUAGCAUUUAUAUAAUGGGUCCUCAUGAUAUUCCUCCCCUGUUUGAACGAAAAGAAGAUAAAUUCUUCGUAAGGGAAGAUUCUUCUGUGGGCACGCCUAUCACGAAACUCAAAACCGUCACUAACAGCACAGUGACAUAUCGCAUAGUGUCAGGUGAUGAGGACAACCCGCUCUUUACGAUUGAUUCUCACGGCCAAAUUACCUUAGCGAAACCGUUGGACCGGGAAUUGAAAGACAAUCAUUUAAUCGGUGUUCUCGCCGAGACCGAUUCCAGUCCUCCGCUCACAGCUCUCGCCGAGAUCUCUCUUCAGGUGUUGGACGAGAAUGAUCACGCACCGAAAUUCGAAAGUAAUCCGUACGCGAUUAGCUUGGCCGAAAACAUCGAGGAGGGAACAUCUAUAUUAAAAGUUAUUGCGCACGACAAGGAUCUCGGUAGUAACGGCGAGGUGCGUUACUCUUUUGGAUCGGACAUAGGAGAAUUAGCAAAUGUUUUUACAGUAGAUCCCUAUACCGGUUGGAUAUCGACAUUAGUGCAACUCGAUAAAGAGAAGCAACCGGAAUAUAAGUUUCAGGUGGUCGCCACUGACAAUGGAAAUCCGAAACACUUUGCGAGAACAUCAGUGCACGUCAAGCUAAAGGAUUAUAACGAUAACGCGCCCGCAUUUGUUGACGAUCGUUAUAAGGCCACGGUAAACGAGGAUGCUCUACCAGGAACGGUUGUAGUGAAGCUGAUCACCAUCGAUAAAGAUUCGAACGUCAAUACGCCAAUAGAAUUUUACAUAACGUCCGGUGAUCCUAGAUCACAAUUUCAAAUUAGAUCUACCGGUGAAGUGUAUGUGGCGAAAUCCUUAGACAGAGAAACCAUUGAUCGUUACGAGCUUGAGAUUAUCGGUACUGACGGAAAAUACGUCUUUGAGACGAAAGUAACGGUACAAGUUUUAGACGUCAAUGACAAUCCGCCGUAUUGUCUGCGGUAUCGUUAUAGAGAGAUACUUUCCGAAGGUUCGCAUCCCGGCGCCUAUGUUCUGACCGUGUUGGCCACUGAUUACGACGACGAACCGAACGCUAAACUACGAUUCUAUUUAACCGGCGACAAUAAUGACAAAUUCUCGUUGGAUAGAGAAACGGGCGUGUUAAAAACCGUUGGACAGCUCGAUCGGGAAACCCAAGCCAAAUAUUCCCUGAUGGCUCACGUGCAGGAUCGAGACAAGCCAAUCUGGGAGUGCUCGUCGCAAUUGGAAAUUCUCGUCUCCGAUCUUAAUGACAAUGCGCCGAAAUUCACUAUGCAGACAUACAGCAGCACCUUGCCCGAGGACGUGGAAGUCGGCACGCUAGUGACAAAGGUGCACGCUACGGACGAUGAUAUUGGUAUCAAUCGGAAAAUCAGAUACGAAUUUAUCGAUUCGGCGGACGGCCACUUUCUCAUCGCGGCGGAUAGCGGGAUAGUCACGCUGGCCAAGCCAUUAGACAGAGAAACUAAGGCCAUGUACAACGUGACCAUUCAAGCGCUCGAUCAGGGCACCCCGCAGCUGAUGGGCGUCGCCUCGCUUAUCGUUAACGUGCAGGACAUCAAUGACAAUCCGCCUGAAUUCGCCUCCAAGAUCUAUUUUGCAAGAGUGCCUGAGAUCUACGCGGUCGGUACCGAGGUGGCUCGAGUACUCGCUACAUCCAAGGAUACGGGAAUUAAUGCCGAUAUAUAUUACUCGAUUGUCGGUGGUAACGAACACAAGAAAUUCCAGAUAAACGCUAAAACGGGCGUCAUAACUAUCGCCGAACAAUUGGACUACGAACGGGCUCGCGAUUACUUUCUCACUAUCCAAGCUAUCGACGGAGGUAUUCCACCGCUGAGUAACCACGCCACUGUCAACAUCACUGUCACUGACAGUAACGACAACGCGCCGAUCUUCAGCGAAGUUUCAUACAGAGCUUUCGUGAAGGAAGACGCGAAAAUCGGGGAAAAAGUUACGCAAGUAUACGCGAAUGAUUUGGACAGCGAAGAGAACGGCAACAUAUCGUAUUAUAUAGAACGGGGCGAUAGACAGAAGCAAUUCUCUAUCGACAGAAAAACCGGACAAAUAAUUGUUAUUGCGCCAUUGGAUCGAGAAGAAAUCGCGAACUACGUAUUGGAAGUUCAUGCGCGUGACAACGGCAUACCGAUGCUCUCGAGCUUUGUGAUGGUGAAUAUCGAGAUUCUGGACGCGAAUGACAAUCCGCCGUUGUUCUCUCUGCCGAAUUACACCGCUAUAGUGCAGGAAGAUAAACCGCUUGGCCACACAGUUCUGCAAUUCGUGGUCACCGACGCGGACAUUGAACCGAACUCCGAGCCGUAUACCUUUGAUUUUCGCUCCGGGAACGAGGGUGACGCUUUCCGACUGGAACAGGAUGGCACUCUGCGAACGGCGACAAAGUUCAAUAAUAGAGUAAAGGAUAAAUACGUACUGCACGUUCGAGUGUUUGAUAAUGGCAGCCCGCCUUUGUACUCGGACGCAUGGGUCGUAAUCAAGGUGAUCGAGGAGUCGCAGUAUCCGCCGGUAAUCACACCCCUCGAGGUAAUUGUCAAUUCUUACAUGGACGAAUACCCCGGCGGUAUUAUCGGAAAAAUCCACGCGACCGAUCAAGACCAAUACGAUACGCUACUCUUCAGUUUGGUGCCUUCUUCGCCGAUCUCGAAUACCAAUCUCUUCCAAAUAGACAAGAUUGACGGUAUAUUGGUGGCCUUACCUAGACUCGAUGUCGGCGAAUAUAGGAUAAACGUCAGUGUGACAGAUGGUAAAUUUCAUUCGCACUCCGUCGCGAAAGUCAACGUCGACCUGGUAACCGAUAAAAUGCUCGAGAAUUCGGUGAUAGUGAGAUUCCGUGAGGUUAGCCCGGAAGAUUUCAUGUUAAGCCAUCGCAAGAGUUUUGUUAGGACCGUUCGCAACGCGAUGAAUUGCCGACUCAAGGACAUCGUCAUUAUCAGCGUACAACCAUCGAUUGACGAGGCGAAUUUAAUCAAAUCACGGGCGAUUCGCCAGGCAGUACACAACGAUCUCGAUCUUCUGUUUGCCGUGAAGAAGGCAGCGAGUCCCAUAGGUUCGUUGGGCUUCUACGCUUCGGAAAGCAUACGCGAGGCAUUGAAUCAACGCGUGGAGGAGCUAGAGGAGUCGACGAAAUUGGUCGUCGAAGAGAUUGUUCGUUCAAAAUGUAACAAAGGCUAUUGCUUCUAUGGUGACUGCCAGGACAAGAUCACUCUUGAUCCUACGCAAAUCACGCCCGUGUCUACUGACGUAAUGAGUUUUGUAUCGCCGCGACACAAACACAAAAUGGAAUGCAAUUGCAAGGAAGGUUACGCUGGCAAUCAUUGUGAAGUAGUGGUCAACGAGUGCGCCAGGGAUCCUUGUCCUCUGUUCAAGGUCUGCGUGCCGGACUCGUCCGUGCAAGGAUAUUCCUGCCAAUGUCCUGAAGGAUUUGCCGGUCAGAUCUGCGACAUCGACAUUUCCAAGUGUCAUGACGAAUCGUGCUACAUCCCGCGGAAUCCCAUAUCCUUCAGCGGCAAGAGUUACGCGCAUUACAGAAUCGACAAAGCGCUGAUACGGCAAACAAUUGAGGAUCGUUUAAGUCUAUCCUUGAGAAUUCGAACGGUGCAGCCCACCGGCAACCUAAUGUACGCGGCCGGCAAAGUAGACUACAAUAUCCUAGAGAUUGUUAACGGCGUCGUGCAAUACAAAUUCGAUUUGGGUAGCGGCGAGGGACUGGUCAGGGUGAGCAGCGUGUACGUUAGCGACGGGCAGUGGCAUGAGAUCCAAUUGGAACGAGAGAGCAACAGCGCCCAACUCACCGUCGAUGGUAAACAUAUCGCUCACGGCUCCGCGCCCGGUAUCAACGACAUUUUGAAUCUGCAAUCGGACGAUCUAUAUCUCGGCGCCGAAGUACGACAGCAUCCGUCUAUCAUCGGUUUUGAGGACGUGCAACGCGGUUUCGUCGGCUGCAUGGACGAUGUCAGGAUUGCCCGAGUGUCCGUGCCGCUGCACAUGAGUGGCGCAAGUAGCGUCGCGAUCUUCAAGGGUUUCAAGGGACAGGUCAAAUUCAGCUGCGACACGGCAACUAUUCUAAUGCCGCCGGGCGUUUGCGGAUCACAACCCUGUCAGAACGGCGGUACCUGCAAGGAUAUGGGCGGUGACAGCUACGAGUGCCAAUGUCACAAUCGGUUUGCUGGUUUCGCCUGCGAAAUCGACACGGAUCCAUGUGCCUCGUCGCCCUGCCUCUACGGCGGCCGUUGUAAAAUCGUGUCGGAGGAUGGCGAUUACAUCUGCGAGUGCGUUGGACCAAAUCUCAGCGGCAAACGCUGCGAAUAUGGCAGAUAUUGCAAUCCAAAUCCAUGCAUCCACAGUGGCGUGUGCGAGGAGGGUAACAACGGUCCUAUCUGCAAAUGUCAAGGUUUCACCGGUGAGCGUUGCGAGACCGACAUCAACGAGUGCGACGCGAACCCGUGCACAAACGGUGGUACAUGCAUCAAUGAGAUCGGCACGUAUCGGUGCAUAUGUCCGCCGAAUAUGACUGGUUUGAAUUGCGGCAAUCCGGCUUUCUCCACGCCCAUCAUAUCCAACCACUUUAACAUCACGUGGGAGCAUCUCAUGUGGAUCGGCGUUGCAAUAUUAGUCAACAUAUUUCUUAUCACCAUAUUUGUCGCUUUUCGGCGGAUCAGAAUGAAGCGGACUAGAGCGCGUGCCAACAACAUCAACAAUGAGACACGGAAACAGAUCGUCCUGAAUUCCGCGAGACCGCACGAGCACGAGUUCAAGCGCAGUUCGAAACUAAGCAAUCUAGAAGUCAUACAGAGAGAACCUCCCCAAUGCCCUCCCAGACCCGCCUCCUACACCCCCAGCUCGAACAACGAACCGGUCGCGUACGGUAACUCGGCGGCGGUAGCUCUAAAUAACUUGGACACCCUGCGCAGCUACGGUAGCGCGGGCGACGAGCUAGAGAACUUUCCGCCGGAUUACUUGCGAAACUUAAAUCGCAGUACCCCCGUACCACCUCCGUCCUUAACCCUCGCUAAUCCGGUCGGUGGGAACGCAGCUGGCAGCGACACGGAUAGUCUCCACAAGCCCACUUGGCAAGAGCAGAUGCAGCUAGCCUCCUUCAUAACUGACACCACCAAAAUCAAGAACGACCUGAAACGAGCGAGCCCAGUGGUACCAGAGCUGACCACUGGAGGACUUCUACUAAACUCGUCUCGACGGGCGCCUCAUGCGGUUGGAUCUUCCGUCGUCUCCGUCACGUCCAUCGAGGAUGAUCCCCGCAUCGUCGGCGGGUAUCACUGGGACUGCUCAGAUUGGGUCAGACGAAGUCAGAAUCCUUUGCCUAACAUCACGGAGGUACCCGGCAGCGAGGUACCGGACUCGUCCAGUUUUCACAGCAAUGAGAGUAACGAAUCUAAUACUCAUCAAUUACCAACAAUACACGGUCCGGUAGAUCCAACGAGGGACAUCGAGACCCUGAACGAGGAUCAGGAAUCGGAAUACGUUGGCGAUUCCGAAUGCGGGACCGAGUUCUCGGAGCAGUAUCACUGCGCGGAGACACAACGUCUCAAUCCUCUCGACAGCGGCGGCGAAGGGGAGUACAAGUACAAGAGCUCCGAGAGCUAUCUACGUCAUCCGAAUUCGUAUCUACCGCAUUACAAUAUCCAUACCGACACCGAGAACGAGACGAAUCCGCUCAACGGCCGUCUCAGCACUCUCGAGUCCGACGAAGAGGAAGACGAUGUAGUGCCUUAUGGUUUUCCAAGCACCCGCAACCGUAACCGAUGCCACAAGGUGGUCGAGGACGACGAGAUCGGCUCUGUCAUCACCACGCUGGAGGAGAGAAACUCGCUAUUGGGCGGCGCCACGAGCAAUAGUGAUCUCUCGACGAAUCUGUGCGAGAUCGACGAUUCCGAGUAUGAGAUCGCGGAUCAGAAGAACAACGGGCGCUUGUGGCUGUCGGGGAACGGCAUCACGCAAACUUCGGUGUGACAAACGAAGUCAGACGAGAUUAGACUUAAGCGUGCGGGAGCGUGUUUCUCUGUGCUUCUACGAUCGAGACACGCGGAUGUCUGUGAAUAUGCAAUUUUGUACAUAAGUGUUAUAUCGCCGAUAAGAUAAGACAGUCUGUACAGGCAGCUCUAUGAAAUAAGGAACCGGUGUGCGAGCGAAAUCGACGCGGCGCAUUUCGACACGUACAAUAUAUCGUCGCAAAAAUAUAUCACGCCUGAAAAAUCUCCUCCUAUACAGGUAGAGUUCAAGCAUCAGCGUACUUAAUCCUGCAAACUAAUCGCGGAUAGUCGUUAUACGUUUUACAAUCGCUAGCAGUGCGUGCAUUACGUCAUACCGAAAGGGAUGAAAAUCUGAUUUUUAUUUUAUUCAUUUUACUUUGGUUUUAUCAUAUUACCAGAGAUACACGUCAUAUAUGUACAUUUGUUAUAGUAAUAUAUUUUUAACUAUUUUGUGGAAGAAUGUAGAAUGAUCAAGAGACGUUAUUUUUUAUGACUUGAUGAUAGAAAAAUAGAUAUCUGAACAUAUAAUGUUCGUAUUUUUUUCCGUUUCUAUAUUCUCAAGUCAUAAUAUUUUCUAGUUGCAAGAGGUGUUAUAUACAUUCAUCGUUUGCUUAAUCAAGAAAUAUGCAUACUGCAUAUUGAGUGAUGCUACACAUCGCACGUUAUUCUUAAUAUUAUUUCAUUUUCAUGUAACACGAUAAUAUUCCUUUAGACUCUACCAAGGAGACGAGAUUUACUGAAGAAAAAGAGAGUUUAGGACAAUUCUACAAGCACAUACAUGUAUGUGUAAGAAAUGAUCUUGAUUAAGGAGUGGGAAAUUUUCAUUACUCGAAAAAAAAAAACGUAAAGUUAAUCGCGACCAUGUCGUCAGACCAAUGACUAUUGUUUAAUGAUCUAUCAUUUAAAUUUAACAUGUUAA